AUGGCAUUUGAGGUGUCGUAUGAUCUCGAGAAUGAGCAACAGUUCUGGGAUGAACUCGACGAUAUUGUGUCGACGCGCUGCCACCAGCACGAGAUAAUCGACAACUCGCUGCGAUCCUUUCUUAAUGUCACGACGAAUUACAAGUCCGAUUACCUUCAGACCGACUACAGCAUUGCCAAAUGCAUAUUCCGCAUGCUCGAGGGCGAGCUGUUUGCCUCGAACAAGCAGUAUGUCCGGCGGCAGAUAAUAUAUUGCCUACUACAAGAAGAUGACAACCCCACGCUCCACAUUGUUGCCGCGUUUCUGAUGUACGACGGCCGCAAUAGCAAAGAUGACGUGGUUUUUGAAAUGAUGCAUUCCGAGGGCACGUUUGCCAGGCUGGUCGAGUUGGUGCAGAAGCCCAGUGUGCAGGAAGAACCUUCGUUGCACCAGUUGCUGCUUCAGUUGCUCUAUGAGUCUUCGCGGAUUCAGCGAUUGACAUAUGAAGACUUCAUGGCCGUCAACGAUGCUUUUAUUCUUUAUCUACUAGGAAUUAUCGAAGGAGCCUCUGACGACGCCGACGACCCUUACCACUACCCUGUAAUCCGCGUAUUGCUGGUUUUGAACGAGCAGUAUCUCGUGGCGUCUACCAGCCGUCACGGUGAUGGACGGGGUGGCAUUACAAACCGAGUGAUCAAGGCCAUAUCAACGCACGGCAUGACU